AUGUUUGGGAGGCAGACCCUCCCGGUCUUUGCACACACUGCCAUUCAGCCACCCCCUCAGCCCGCCCCCUCAGCCCGCCCCCUCAGCCACCCCCUCAGCCACCCCCUCAGCCCACCCCCCUCAGCCACCCCCUCAGCCCACCCCCCUCAGCCCGCCCCCUCAGCCCACCCCCCUCAGCUGCCCCCUCAGCCCGCCCCCCUCAGCCCGCCCCCUCAGCCCGCCCCCCUCAGCCCGCCCCCUCAGCCACCCCCUCAGCCACCCCCUCAGCCCACCCCCCUCAGCCACCCCCUCAGCCCACCCCCCUCAGCCCGCCCCCUCAGCCCACCCCCCUCAGCUGCCCCCUCAGCCCGCCCCCCUCAGCCCGCCCCCUCAGCCCGCCCCCCUCAGCCCGCCCCCUCAGCUGCCCCCUCAGCCCACCCCCCUCAGCCCGCCCCCCUCAGCCCGCCCCCUCAGCCGCCCCCUCAGCCCACCCCCCUCAGCCCGCCCCCUCAGCCGCCCCCUCAGCCGCCCCCUCAGUCUGCCCCUCAGUCUGUCCCUCAGCCGCCCCCUCAGUCUGCCCCCUCAGCCCGCCCCCCUCAGCCCGCCCCCUCAGCCCACCCCCCUCAGUCUGCCCCCUCAGUCUGCCCCCUCAGCCCGCCCCCCUCAGCCCGCCCCCUCAGCCCACCCCCCUCAGCCCGCCCCCCUCAGCCCGCCCCCUCAGCUGCCCCCUCAGCCGCCCCCUCAGUCUGUCCCUCAGCCGCCCCCUCAGUCUGCCCCCUCAGCCCGCCCCCCUCAGUCUGCCCCCUCAGCCCACCCCCCUCAGUCUGCCCCCUCAGUCUGCCCCCUCAGCCCGCCCCCCUCAGUCUGCCCCCUCAGCCCGCCCCCCUCAGUCUGCCCCCUCAGCCCGCCCCCUCAGUCUGCCCCCUCAGCCCGCCCCCCUCAGUCUGCCCCCUCAGCCCGCCCCCCUCAGUCUGCCCCCUCAGCCCGCCCCCCUCAGUCUGCCCCCUCAGCCCACCCCCCUCAGUCUGCCCCCUCAGUCUGCCCCCUCAGUCUGCCCCCUCAGCCCGCCCCCCUCAGUCUGCCCCCUCAGCCCACCCCCCUCAGUCUGCCCCCUCAGUCUGCCCCCUCAGCCCGCCCCCCUCAGUCUGCCCCCUCAGCCCGCCCCCCUCAGUCUGCCCCCUCAGUCUGCCCCCUCAGCCCGCCCCCCUCAGUCUGCCCCCUCAGCCCACCCCCCUCAGUCUGCCCCCUCAGUCUGCCCCCUCAGCCCGCCCCCCUCAGCCCGCCCCCUCAGCCCACCCCCCUCAGCCCACCCCCCUCAGCCCACCCCCCUCAGCCCGCCCCCUCAGCCCACCCCCCUCAGCCCGCCCCCUCAGCCCACCCCCCUCAGCCCGCCCCCCUCAGCCCACCCCCCUCAGCCCGCCCCCUCAGCCCGCCCCCUCAGCCCACCCCCCUCAGCCCGCCCCCCUCAGCCCGCCCCCUCAGCCCACCCCCCUCAGCCCGCCCCCUCAGUCUGCCCCUCAGCCGCCCCCUCAGUCUGUCCCUCAGCCGCCCCCUCAGCCGCCCCCUCACCCGCCCCCUCAGCUGCCCCUCAGCCGCCCCCUCAGCCCGCCCCCCUCAGCCGCCCCCUCAGCCGCCCCCUCAGCCGCCCCCUCAGCUGCCCCUCAGCCGCCCCUCAGCCGCCCCUCAGCCGCCCCUCAGCCGCCCCCUCAGUCUGUCCCUCAGCCGCCCCCUCAGCCCGCCCCCCUCAGCCCGCCCCCCUCAGCCGCCCCCUCAGCCGCCCCCUCAGCUGCCCCUCAGCCGCCCCUCAGCCGCCCCCUCAGCCGCCCCUCUGCCGCACCCUCAGCCGCCCCCUCUGCCGCACCCUCAGCCGGCCCCUGA